UUUGCCGUCAACUGCGCUUUCUCUGCUGAUCCGGCAACAACAGUUUUAUUCUAAUCAGAAGUUGAAGUACGGAACUUAUUUUUUUUACAGUUUAGUAAUAUUUUUUAAUUUCAUUCUAAUUUCAACAAUUUUCUUUACGCAAUACAUUUAUAUAAAGUAAACAUUGGUGAUAUUUGUGACAAAUUACAAAAAAGUCUGAUAAAAUCUGUACCCAAAGCACGGUACACUAAAAACGCACAAAACAGCGACAAUAGUAUAGCAAAUAAGCAACAAAAAAUAAAAAAAAGAUAUCGCACAAAAAAUAUACCAUUUACAUAUAUAUACACGAGAAUUAAAAUACAAAAUCAUUGCAUUUCAUAGCACUAAAUGUUAUCGGCCGCUUGGAGAAACGUACAGCAGGGUGUUGUACGCAAUCUGACCGCUACUUAUUUUCGAGUACAAAAAUUUUUUAAAGUUGGCAUAAACAGGAUGCAUAGCUCUGUAGAGGAUUUGAAGCUGAACACAAUGCACAUAAAAGUGUUGCCUGCGCUGCAGGACAAUUUUAUGUAUUUGAUUAUCGAUAGCUCUACAAAAGAAGCAGCCAUUGUUGAUCCCGUCGAUCCGGAGAGCGUGCUCGCUGCUGUAAGAGAUGAAAAUGUGCAUCUCACUAAAGUUUUAACUACACACCAUCAUUGGGAUCACGCCGGUGGCAAUGAAAAGUUGGUAAAACUUUUUGGCAAACCUUUAACUGUUUAUGGUGGCGACGAACGUAUAGGUGCACUUACAAAUAAAGUCACCCAGGAUGAUAAAUUUGAAAUUGGUAAUCUUAAAGUGAGUUGCCUUUUCACGCCCUGUCACACCACAGGACAUAUCUGUUACUUCGUUGAAUCGUCGAAUGGUGAUGACAGGGCAGUUUUCACUGGUGAUACACUUUUCCAAGGUGGCUGUGGACGUUUCUUUGAAGGUACACCCGACCAAAUGUACUCAGCGUUGUGCCAAAAAUUGUCUUCUUUGCCGGAAGACACCAAAGUAUUUUGUGGACACGAGUAUACUUUACAGAAUAUGGCAUAUGCGCGUCAUGUCGAACCUAUGAAUGAGCGAAUUAUGAAACGUAUUGAAUGGGCAAAGUUGCGACGAGCUACCAAAGCACCAACUGUACCGUCAACUAUUGGCGAGGAGAAAUCUUGGAAUCCAUUUAUGCGUGUACAUGAGCCUAAUGUGCAAAAACAUGCUGGCGAGCAAGAUCCCAUUAAGACAAUGGGCAGUUUACGCAAGGAGAAGGAUAAUUUUAAAGCUUAAAGCUUAUUGGUGGAGCGAAAAGAAAAAUGGUGUUGGGUAGUAUGUUAAAUAUUAUGCAUAUUCUUUAAAUAUUUCCAUAACUAAAUAUGUAUAUUUUAUUGUUAUUUUCGUUGUUUUUAUGUAUAUGUUAAUUCUGAAAAAUGUGAAUUUAAAAUUUCCUAUAUUCUUCACUUGCCACAGAGCAUAUCAAUUUAUUCUAUGUUUAAUACGCUUUUGGAAUGAUAUCGCAGCUGACAUUUUUUUUCGAUUUUUUAUUAUUGUUUUUGAAACUGUUGGAAUUUCAGUUACAAAACAUACCAAAUUAACUCAUGAAUUUAUGUACGUCAAAAAUUGAAAAAACUAUUUGUGAUUUAUGCCUGAAGAUUGAAAAUUGUAAAUUUGCAAUAAAAUUUAGCUGAAAUAAAUGUGCUCACUAUUUGGACGUGGCUUAGCCCAUUAUAUAUAUAGCAAGGCGUUGCAUGCACGUCGUUCGUGGUCCAAUUGCAAAUCAGCUAAACCACCACCCGCUGCAUCCGAACCACACAGCAAAAUUAUAGAUGUGUGUUGUGAAGGUAUGGUAGUUAAGAUAAUACCGGCACGCAGCAAUAACUAUAUGUAUUUGAUUACUGAUUUGCCCACCGGUUGUACGGCUGCAAUUGAUCUCUCCGAUAACAAAAUUCUCUUUGAAAUACUUAAAAAGGAAAAUUUAAAGCUUUCCUUUGUUUUUAUAACACACCAUCAUGAGGAUCAUUCGGGCGGUACGCAAGAGUUGGCAGCUGCAUGUCCCGAUGUGAAAAUAUGCGCUGGUGAUGAGCGCAUCAAAUCUGUUAAUCAUUGGGUUAAGGAUUGUGAGCAAUUACAAUUGGGUGAGAUGACUAUGAAUUGUAUGCACACACCUUGCCACACCGUUGGUCAUUAUUGUUACUUUGUGGAGUGUGGUGCGGGUGGACCGCCAGCACUUUUUACUGGCGACACACUUUUUCAAGGUGGUUGUGGUGGCUUUGAUGAGGGUACGCCUGAUCAAAUGUAUACUAUUGUAAAACGUUUCCUUGAAUUACCUAAACAGACGCGCAUCUUUGGUGGCCAUGAGAAUACAAUUUUAAAUCUCCGUUUUGCUCAAUGUGUUGAACCAGAGAACUGUAGUAUUGGCGCACGUUUGUGGUGGGCACAAAAGCAGCGUGAAAACAAAUUACCAACGCCGCCUUCGAUGCUGUGUGAGGAAAGAACGUUUAAUCCAUUUUUGCGAGUUGAUCAUCCGGAUGUGCAGCAUUACACCGGCGAUACAGAUCCGAGUUAUGUAUUGUUUUGUUUGCGCAAACAACGGGAUGCCUUCAAGUAAAGGGUGCAACAGAUGAAAAAUAAUGGUAAACAGUCCUGUGUCUAUUAUUAUUAAUUGGCGUUUUGGCAUCAUUGAAAGUAUAUGAAUGUAAAUACGUAUUAUUUAGUAUAUUUGAACGGUUUCAUUAUGUACUCAAUUUAUUACGUUUUGUAUAAUAAAAAUGCUUUGAUAAUAUAGAAAUGCGAA